CACUCAUAUUCUUCAGUCUGUUAACAAGGAAUUAGUACUCAAAAGACUGAGAAAACAAACGGAAAAGAGAUCUAGAUCAGAAUGACAGAUUCAGAGAGGAAAAGAUCGGAGGGGGUCAAAAUCAAUAAGGAUGCUGAUGAUUGGCUACCAAUCACAUCAUCGAGGACUGCAAAGUGGUACUAUUCGGCUUUUCACAAUGUCACAGCUAUGGUUGGUGCUGGUGUUCUUACCCUCCCUUAUGCCAUGUCUCAAAUGGGCUGGGCUUGGGGAGGCGUAGUAAUGGUAGUAUCAUGGGUGGUAACAUUAUAUACCUUAUGGCAAAUGGUGGAGAUGCAUGAGAUGGUACCGGGACAAAGACUUGACAGGUACCACGAGUUAGGCCAGGCGGCUUUUGGUGAAAAACUUGGGUUGUAUAUUGUGGUUCCUCAGCAGCUCACGGUGGAAAUUGGAGUGAACAUAUUGUACAUGGUCACUGGUGGUAAAUCCCUCAAGAAGAUUUAUGAUACAGCUUGUCCUACUUGCAGGCCUUUGAGGACCACCUAUUUCAUCUUGAUAUUUAGUUCUGUUCAUUUCUUCCUUUCUCAUUGCCCCAAUUUCAACUCCAUCUCUUUUGUCUCCUUCUUGGCUGCCCUCACGUCGCUUAGUUAUUCAACCAUAGGUUGGGGAGCAUCAGUACACAGAGGAAUAAACCCAUCAAUUACUGAUUACAGUCCAAGGUCUUCAACAACUGUAGGGAGAGUGUUUGGUGCUUUUCAUGCUUUGGGGGAAGUUGCUUUUGCAUAUGCUGGCCAUAAUGUGGUCUUGGAAAUUCAAGCAACUAUGCCUUCUACUCCUGAAAAACCAUGCAAGAAACCUAUGUGGAAAGGAGUUAUUGUUGCUUAUAUUAUUGUGGCUAUAUGUUAUUUUCCAGUUGCUUUUCUUGGUUAUGCAUCUUUUGGAAGAACUGUGGAGAGUAAUAUUUUGAUCUCCCUAGAGAAACCUGCUUGGCUUAUUAUCAUGGCUAACGCCUUCGUCGUCAUUCAUGUUAUUGGAAGCUAUCAGAUUUUUGCUAUGGGUGUGUUUGACAUGGCCGAAUCUUACUUGGUGAAAGUAAAGAAAUACACUCCAUGUACAAUGCUACGAGUUAUUGUUCGGACUACUUAUGUUGCCAUAACAUUGUUCCUUGGAAUGACAUUUCCAUUCUUCAGUGGACUACUUGGUUUCUUUGGAGGAUUUGCAUUUGCCCCUACUACCUACUUUCUUCCUUGUAUCAUUUGGCUUGCCAUCUACAAGCCUAAAAGGUUUUCUUUCUCCUGGUUCACAAAUUGGAUAUGCAUCAUAAUUGGUGUUCUUUUGAUGAUUUUAGCUCCCUUGGGCGCCUUAAGGCAUAUCAUACUGGAAGCCAAACAUUACAAGUUCUAUUCUUGAUUGUAGGGUCAUUUGAGAAUUAAUUUUAAAAUAAUACUAACAAAUAAAUUUCCUCGUGACAAAGGAUUGUUAGUAUUUGUUGGACGACGUUUUAAAUGUCUAUCUAUUUUAGUUUAAUUAUUGUAUUAGUAUUUAAUGUAAUUUUCCAUAUCAGACCAUUAUUCUUAGUGGAUGUUUGGUUUAUAUUUGCCGAUUAUUUGAAAUAUUCCAUUCGUAGAUACAUAU